AUGCUUUCCCACGAUGUCGAAUUUAUAGCCGAGCUUACUUUGCCUUCCGGCGCUCAUGUCAUCCAGAAACUGACAGAUCACCUGGUCUCCAACUACUCUCACCAUGGCUUUCUGCUCUCCACAGUUACUCUCAUCGUGUUCUUCAUCGCCACACGCCUCUCAUCGGACUAUCUCUUCCCCAAAAUAAUCUACCGGAACACAUUUGAGUGGCUCACUGCCAGUCAGAAGCGUCGCUUUGUCAACCACCAUGUCUUGAUCUCAGCAAAGAUUCUCAUGAUAUCGCUUGCUUUGUAUCCUUACUUGGCCGUCGUCACUGGACUAGCUGAUUUUAGCACUCCCUUCAUUAAGGGGGCGACAACGACAAUGGGCGACAUCACGAUCAUCGCAACGUCCAUAUUUAUUGGCAUGUACUUACAUGAGCUGAUGUACAUAAGCUCAGAUGUAGCGCUAGUAAGUGUGCUCCAUCACCUUGGAGCAGUCCUUGUUGCGUCCAUCAUGGUCACCAGAAAUGUACGCUGGCAGGUCGAGUCGAACACCACAGCUUAUACGGUGUUGAUAAUGACAUAUGGCAUCUUCGACAUUCUGGCUGGUUUGUGGCCUCGCCCAGUCCUGAUCACUCGGACUGUCUGGCCCGAGAAGCAUCGCAUGAAUAUGUGGCUUUGCUAUAUCGCCAUGGUCCUGACUAUUCUCGGUACUGUUGGCGAGACUAUUGUUGCCAUGUAUUUCUACGGGAUCCACAUGUCUGGGUGGUCUCGCGCUGUGCAGUUUGCCACGCCAUUUUGCCACGUCGCCUUCAUGAUUGCUCAGGGGUUCAGCUCAAAGAUUAUGUGGACAUUAGCCAGAAAGCACAAACGGCAAUUGGAGCCGCUUGAAGCUGCUGAAAAGAAUAUUAAUCGUGCUGGACACGAAAGUUCGCCAUGUAUCGGUACGAUUGUAAUCAACAAAUAUCGUAGGAACUGGCGUGGUAUUGAAUUCAAAUAG